AUGCUCCUGCGCCAUAUUGGCGACUACCCCAUUGUAAGCAAUCUGGGCCCCACCACCGACGAACUUUGGCAUGCCGGCCACCGGGACCGCAACUUCUACACUUACGGAAACAUGGGCCUUUGUUCCUCAAUAGCCCUGGGGAUGGCCGUCUCCACCGACGAAAAGGUGGUCUCCCUCGACGGCGAUGGGUCUAUGCUGAUGAAUCUGGGAACCAUAUCCACCAUCGGGCGGGAGCAGCCCAGGAACCUGGUGGUGGUGGUCUGGGACAACGAGCAGUGGGCCCAGACCGGUCACCAGUCCAGCCACACGGCUUUUGGCACCGACCUGGAGCAGAUAGCGCAAAGUUGCAGCAUCCCCCGCACCGCCACGGUCAACAACCUGGAGGAUCUGGAAGCCGUCUUCUGCGAAGCCCUGGAGCAGGAUGGCCCCUGGUUUAUAGUGGCCAAGAUAGAGGAAACAGAGUACAUGCCCGUAGCCCCCAUCGAGCCUGAAAUGACGCUGUACCGGUUCAGGAAGACGUUUGGGGCGUGA